AUCCAUCAUCAUCCUCGUCGCUCCCAUUUUCUGGAGGAUAAGAAUCCCGGGUCUUCCCCCCCAUUUUUUUUUUCGCCCGUCCCUUUCCCGACGGAGCAAUUGAACGUCCUAAGAGACACAAUGCAAAGCACAAGAUCAACCGCGCUCGCCGGGACCCUCCGCGGUGCUUGCCGGAUCCCCUCGCGCACCGCCGCGAGCGCUAGGCGGUUCACCGUCUGCGCCGUAGCAGAUUCGACUCCGCUUCCCAGAGUACCAUACCGGCCGGCUCUCAGAAGCCAUCCUUGUCAGCUCACCCAGAGCCGCCGUUAUGGGUCAUCCGCCUCCUCAUCGUCAUCAUCAUCAUCAUCAUCAUCAACAUCAACAACCGAACCGCUCCGCACAACCCCUCUCCACUCCCUCCACCUCGCUCACAAGGCCAAGAUGGUCCCCUUUGGCGGCUUCCAGAUGCCGGUCCAGUACGACGCGCUCGGCGUCAGGGAGUCGCACCUCUUCACGCGCGCCCACGCCUCGCUCUUUGACGUCUCGCACAUGGUGCAGCGCGUCUUCUCGGGCCCGGGGGCCGCCCGCUUCCUGCAGCGCGUCACGCCCUCCGGGCUCGAGGCGCUGCCCGUGCACCGCAGCACGCUCUCCUGCCUGCUCCGGGACGACGGCAGCGGCGGCAUCGUGGACGACUGCGUCAUCACCCGGCUGCCCGGCGACCGCUUCUACGUGGUCACCAACGCGGCGUGCCGCGACAAGGACGACGCCUACCUCGCCAGGGAGGCGGACAAGUGGAACCGCAGCAGCCCGGCGGCGGACGGAUGGGAGGUCAAGGAGGAGCGGUGGGGGUUGGGCGGCCUGAUCGCCCUGCAGGGGCCCGACGCGGCCGGGAUCCUGGCCGGGGUGCUCGAGGCCGGGGGGUUGGACCUGACGCAGGUGCUGUUCGGGCAGUCGUUUUUCGCCAAGAUCAGGCUGGCCGGGGGCAAGGUCAGCAGCCCGGUGCUGGUCAGCCGCGGCGGGUACACGGGCGAAGACGGGUUCGAGAUCUCGAUCCCGGCGGAGGAGGCGAUCGCCGUCACCGAGGCGCUGCUGGAGGCCGGCGGGCCCGACAAGGUGCAGUUGGCGGGCCUGGGAGCCCGUGACAGCCUCCGCCUCGAGGCGGGCAUGUGCCUGUACGGCCACGAUCUGGACGAGUCCACCACCCCCGUCGAGGCUGGGCUGAGCUGGAUCAUCCCAAAGGAGCGGCGCACGGCCGACGCCGGCUUCUACGGCGCCGAGGUCAUUUCCAAGCAGCUGGUGUCCCCGGCAAAGGGCGGGUCGGGCGUGGCCCGUCGCCGGAUCGGCCUGAUCGUCGAGGGCGCGCCGGCCAGGGAGGGCGCCGAGAUUGUCAGCCGCGCCGAGGGGAGCAAUGAUCGGAUCCAGCUGGGCGUCGUGACCAGCGGUUGCCCCAGCCCGAGCCUGGGCAAGAACAUCGCUAUGGGUUAUGUUAAGGAAGGCUUCCACAAGGCCGGAACCGAGGUGGAUGUCAUAGUCCGCGGGCGACCCAGGAAGGCCGUCGUGACCAAGAUGCCAUUCGUCCCGACCAAGUAUUGGAAGGGGAAUGCCUAAGGGAUGAGCGGAGAAAUGUCUGCUUUUGUUCUGAAGACGGUAUAGACCAUGCCACGGAGCCUCAGAGUAAAGAAGAACAAAAACCCAAGGGAAGAAGGGGAGUUGUUGUUUCAACACUGCAUCUGCGCAACGGCGCGGGGUUCUCGAGUCCUGUGGGUUUGGUGAAGAGGGUUACUUCAACGUUUAAAGCGAGGGUCGAUAUUAUACAUACAUUCACGACCUCCGCCAAGGGUUCUGGCGUCGCCCGGUCGGGAGCAUAUAUAUCUAGCAGGGCAGUCACUUCAACAGGCCAUGCAUGGGUUCACGGCGUUAUCUCCUUGCCUAGGAGACUGCUGAAAAAAUGAGGUUUUUAUGUUUUUUUUUUUAAUGCUUACUCUUCUUUUUUGCUCUUUCUUUCUUGUUUCUAGCCCCGAACCGUCCCCGCCCUCUUGCCCUAAUUAAGCCGGUUU